AAUAAUAUUAAAAAUAUUAAAGAGUUUAGAUUUGAAGUCAUUAAGUUGCAUGAGUAGAGUAAAUAAACACUUAUAUAAUUUAUCACGGGAUCCCCUGCUUUAUAAAAAUUUGAACAUAAGAGAUGCACACUUUACGUAUUGGAACUCUGAUUUAUCUAGUAAAUUGCGUUAUUUUGCUCCUAAAUGCAAAUAUAUGUCACAAUUGGAUCUGUCAUUUUGUUUGUUUCCUGCUUCGGAAUUUAUUGUAUUUCUUGAUACUUGUGGCAGACACUUAACGCACUUAAAACUAAAUUACUGUCGUUCUAUCAAUGACUUGACUAUACGUAAAAUUUCAAAGAUAUGUAAAAAUUUGAAAGGAUUAGAUCUAAAUUGCUGUCAAGAUGUAACCAGCAAUGGAAUUUUGUACCUCGAAAAACUAAAAUUUUUGGAACGUUUACAUCUUCAAGAGAUAGAAUAUAUAAAAACUGAUACUCUUUGUAAUGUACUAAAAAAAAAUCGAGAGAUGCGUGAUUUGAAUUUAGCAGGCGUAAUAAUAAAUAAGGACGCAGUUGCAAUAGAAUUGAAAAAUUCAUGUCCAAAUUUGAGAAGGAUAAAUUUCACAUCAGCAGACUUUGUUACACGCCAAGGUAUUGAUGCACUUGUUGACUGUAAGAAUUUACAGGAAUUGAAUAUUGGGUGGAUUAUAAAUAAAGUGGAUUGGAAUAGUGAUAGCUUCUCUAGAUUGCUAUCCUCCUGUCAACGCUUGGAAAAGAUCAACUUGGAGUAUUGUAUUGCAUUCACCGAGCGUGAUUUGAGAGCACUAAUGCUAUGCAAAAACUUAAAAUACUUAAAUUUGUCAGGCAUAGAUUCUGUGACACCUGACCUGUGUUGCGAAAUUUUGUUAAAGUGUGCAAAACUGGAAAAGAUUGUUUUUGAUCGUUCGUGUCGUCUUAUUAGUAAGAGUUUGGUAGACCAAUGGAACGAAGAAUAUCAGCAUGUCUUAUUUAUAUAUCUAUAGUAUAAUUAUUUAAAAAUUAUAACAAUAAAAUUAUAAUAAAUUAUAUUGCAAUAAA